GUAAUCUUUCGGCAUCCGAGACACGCUCUUACGAAUGGCAGCAAGCAACUUGUUCACGGAAGAAAUGCUGGGUCGCAUACUUCGCACCUAUUGUCUUAAGUCUUCCAUAGCAUCAGCAGUUGCAAUCCGAUCGGUGUCGCUGCUGAUAAAAGAUUCGUCCACUUCCAAUUCUGACGAUGAAGCGCAUACACCACUACCAACGGUUAGCACCGUCGUUGUACUCCGCAGCGAUACGGUAUUCUGCAGGGUUCAUUGUACCUAUGUGUCAUUUGUGCACAAACGUCCUGUGGUUGCUUAUGUGAG